GUGGCGGACAGAGACGAUCCACAGACGUCUCAAACAUCAAGAAGAAGAACUGGAACCUAAAAGGAAGUAUUUCUCUUCACUUAAACCACAGAAGAAGAUCCGACAAACUGUGUGUAACAUCUGAGUGUGAAUCCGCCCUCACAGAUGGAUUACACCUGAGGACGAGCCGGACGGACAAACAAAGAAAUCACCGCUGAGCGACUGGCGGCCAUCUUGGAAAGACAAGACAGUGUCUGUCUCCGGCCCAGCAGCAGCAGCUCCAGCAGGGGCCCUCCUGAGCCCUCCUCACUCCCCGGCUGCAGCGCCCCCUGCUGGGCAUCAUGGAGCCCGGUGCACCCCGGCUGCCACUCCAGGUCCUGGGAGAGAACGAGGCGCUGCAGCAGUUCUUCAGUGGUCAAGAUGUCAGUGGUGUGUUGGACAGUUCUGUUGUCGUGGAUACGAGCAUCCUGGAGCAGUACCUCAGUAAUGACAUGGACCCCAGCAGCUUCAUGCUCCCUGAGUCUCCUCCUGACUCGAGCUCGGAGGCCUGUUCACCUGCACAGAUUCCAGACCUCCACUGCGAGCCACCCUAUUGGUCCAACCAGCUGAGCACGCAGGAAGUGUUCCAGCCAACACAGCGGCCGGCCCCCUCUUCAUCCUGUCGCUUUAAGGAUCGAGGCUCCGCCCCUGCUCACCAUGAGCUGCUGACCCACAAUCAGCUCCACAGUUUGGGCCUCACAAACACUUACAUCAAGUCUGGGACCUCACCCGCCCCCCGGCACCCGCACACACACCACUCACCUGAACACACGCACCACCUGAGUCCAGACAGCUGCUCGCAGGUUUACACCCCUCCAACACCUCUUUCCCCGCCACUGCCCCCCUCGAACAGCUACGCCACACCCUGCACUGGUCCUGGCAUGGUCUCUUCAACCUGUCUGCAGGGCUCCGCCCCCACACUGCACACCUGCUCCACAGGCAGAAAGAAGAGGAGGAGGUCUGAGUCCGAGGAACUAUCGACAGGAAUGGAGGCCUCCUGCAGUGAAGGUGAUGGGACUCUAGGUGGCGGUGUUGGAAAUGGUGUAGCCGGUGGCGGACUGAGUUUGGGACCCUACCAGCUGCUGACCUGGGAUGAGUACAGGCCGGAACACUGGAGCACUUUGUACAACGGCAGCUACCAGGCACUGUCUCCUCCCGCCUACCACGUCGACACAGAUAAAGGCUUCAUCUACUCUGCAGCCGACGAGGCCUUCGUCUGCCAGAAGAAGAAUCACUUCCAGGUCACCAUUCACAUCGGUGUGGCCGCGGAGCCGCAAUACGUCAGAACGCCCAGCGGACCGCAGGCUGUCGACAACUUCCAGAUAAAAGUGUUCGGGGUCAAGAUGGAAUCUCCGAGCCACCAGGUGACCAUUGAGCAGUCUCAGCCCGACCGCAGCAAGAAGCCCUUCCACCCGGUCCGGGUCAGUCUGCCCAGCGGCAAAAUCACCAAGGUAACGCUCGGCAGGCUGCACUUCAGUGAGACGACCGCCAACAACAUGAGGAAAAAAGGCAAACCCAACCCCGACCAGAGAUAUUUCCAGAUGGUGGUUGGUCUGUAUGCUGCAGUGGAGGGAGGGGAGACUUUCCUCCUCACAGCUCUGGUGUCAGAGAGAAUCAUCGUCAGGGCGUCCAACCCUGGCCAGUUUGAGAUGGACGGGGACGCCUUGUGGCAGCGCGGGGCGGUGCAGGACGCCGUGGUCUGCCAAAGCCGAGUGGGCAUCAACACCGACUCCCCCGACGAGGCGUUAGUUGUUUGCGGCAACGCCAAAGUGAUGGGCGCCAUCAUGCAGCCGUCCGACUGCCGUGCCAAACAAAAUAUACAAGAGGUCGACUCUGAGCAGCAGCUGAAGAGAAUCACUCAGAUGAGAAUAGUUGAGUUUGAUUAUAAACCCGAGUUUGCGUCCACCAUGGGAAUAGACCAGACCCACCAGACCGGUAUAAUAGCUCAGGAGGUGAAGGAGCUGCUGCCGUCAGCAGUGAAGGAGGUCGGAGACGUCAGCUGUUCUGACGGAGACAGGAUUCAUAACUUCCUCAUGGUGGACAAGGAGCAGAUCUUCAUGGAGAACGUUGGGGCGGUGCAGCAGCUUUCGAAGCUCACCGACAACCUGGAGACUCGAAUUAAAGAGCUGGAGGUCUGGAACCGCAGACUGGCAAAGCUAAAGAGCCUGACGGGCAGCCUGCGCUCCAGCGGGAAGCACAGGAAACACAGCAGUGUGUCGACAGCGCCAAGUCCUGACAAGUCUGGGAAAGUCCAGAAGGCAGGCUGCAGUCAGAAGUACAGCCACUGUCUGCAGCAUAAAGUCUUCCAGGCCAGCGUCUUCGCCCUGCUGGCCACCAUGGCUUUCUGCAUCAUCUCUAUCACUGCUCUGUACCUACUGGAUCUGAAGGAUGAAAACUUUGAGGUUUUGCCUGGCAGCAGUAACAGCAGCAUGGUUCCUCUGCAGACCACAGCCUGGAGCAGCACAGCGCCGACCAGUCAACCUGGCCCCGUGCCUCCAGAUGUGGACUUCUGUGACCUGCUUCACUGUGAUUGGGUGUACUGCUGCACUCCACCAGCAGGGGGCAGCACCACCUCCAACAUCACCAAUGAAUUACCUGGAGCAGAAAAGUCUAAUAUGACCGAAAUAAGAAAAAGAAUUUAUGACGCACUGAGAAAUGCCAAAGACUGGACAAACACCACCAUCCAGUCUAUCAUGAUCAAAGAGAACCGGCAGGUGAUCGACAGCAAAUACUGCCUGAGAGACGAAUGUGGGCCUGGUAAAUACAUCUUCAGAGUUCCCAUCAGCCAGUUCGUCCCAGUCAACAUGAGAGUCACCCUGUCCAUGAACUCCACCGAGCUGCUGGUGGUUCACCUGUGCAGCUUCGACGAGACGGCUGCCUGCUCUGCUCUGCUGGACGGGAACCUGGUCUCUGACAGCAGGUAUCCAUCAAACACACAGGGAGAACAUGAAUGGCCUCUUCACGUGGCUCGUCUGUAUCACAGCUCGUAUCACUUUCGCUCCACGGUGGCUGGUCAAGCAGACUGCAGUACUGACCAUCACUACGCGGGGGCGCUCUUCACUGACUACCACUUCUACUUCUACAGACGCUGCAUAGACUCGACACACAUUUAAUAUAUUGAGUAUUUUCAUCGCUACUGUUUUUACUGUUAAAGCUGGUUUCGUGGUUUGAGUCACUUCUGCUGAUUUCACUCACAGGAACGACCUGCAGAGGUCUCAGAUCAGAUACACAACAUCUGCGUUUAUGUUCCUUUACUGUCUUUACUUUUAUUCUCACGCCUUUCCUGCUUUGUGAGAAAGUGUUCAGCUUGUCGAGACAGAGACCGAAAGAAAAAAAGACGACCCCACGAUUCAGCUGCUGUAAUUCACCAACAUCCAGCCAUCAGAGGACUCGCUGUAAACCAAAAGUCAGCAGACGUCAGACAAAGGUCGAGAAUCAUAAAGGACACAGUAUUUUGAAUUACUUGAUCAAAUGUCUGGAAUUAAGAAGUUUCCUGUUUUGGUUGGUUUUGGUUUUAGCUAAUCUGACUCUGAUGAAACAAAAUUACACCUGCAUGAAGGGAUUAGUUUCAAAAUUCCCCCCAAAAAAAGAUGUUUGAUGUUCAUGCUUUAACUGUUAACUGUAAUUUAGUCUGAAACAUCAAAACUCUGAGAAAGAAAAACAUUUUUCUAAAUUCUGAGAUAAAAAAAAAAUCACUUUAAGACGAAGAAAAAGCAGCAAUGAAACAACAGAAUAUGAAAUGAACAGAUGAGAUGUGUCUGAGUGAUGCAAAAGGUUAAAGUUACUUAUUAGAAGCAGUCAGUUGUCUUUUCUGAAUCUUUUCUACGAGCUGAACUGAACGCGGCUGAAUCCUGACGGCUUUGUGUGAAAUGGAAGCAAGUUUAAUAAAAUGUUUAAAAAUCCGACUGCAUCUGUCUUGACUUUCGUGAGCCAAAGCCAACGUGCUGCCAGUUCACCUCAUGGAGGUGCUCACUGACUCCACCCCUUUAACCCUAUA